AUGAUGCUCUCCAAACUCGCUCGUCUGCAGGCCGUGGCUGGGCUCUGUCGGGGCGCUCACACGUCAGCAGCCUCUGCUACAUCGGUGGCGACGAAGAAAACGGUUCAAGGCCCUCUGUCCUCCGAUUAUGUGUUUGAACGCGAAUCCAAGUAUGGCGCUCACAACUACCACCCCUUACCCGUCGCCCUGGAGCGAGGGAAAGGGAUCUACCUGUGGGACGUGGAAGGCAGGAAGUACUUCGAUUUCCUGAGCGCGUACAGCGCCGUCAACCAAGGCCAUUGCCACCCCAAGAUCGUGGAGGCGCUGAAGAGCCAGGCGGAGCGGCUGACGCUGACCUCGCGGGCCUUCUACAACAGCGUGCUGGGCGAGUACGAGGAGUACGUGACCAAGCUCUUCAACUACCACAAGGUCCUGCCCAUGAACACCGGCGUGGAGGCCGGAGAGACGGCUUGCAAGCUGGCGCGGCGGUGGGGCUACACCGUGAAGGGCAUUCCCAAGUACAAAGCCAAGAUCCUGUUCGCAGCUGGGAACUUCUGGGGCAGGACCUUGUCCGCCAUCUCCAGCUCCACAGACCCCAGCAGCUAUGAUGGCUUCGGCCCCUUCAUGCCAGGGUUCGAGAUCAUUCCCUACAACGACCUGCCCGCUCUCGAGCGUGCUCUUCAGGACCCGAACGUGGCAGCGUUCAUGGUGGAGCCCAUUCAGGGCGAGGCGGGCGUCAUUGUCCCCGACCCAGGCUACCUGGUGGGCGUGCGUGAGCUCUGCACCAGGCACCAGGCCCUGUUUAUCGCCGAUGAGAUACAGACGGGACUGGCCAGGACGGGGAGAUGGCUGGCGGUCGACCAUGAAAACGUCAGGCCUGACCUCGUCCUCCUGGGCAAGGCCCUUUCCGGGGGCUUGUACCCGGUGUCUGCGGUGCUGUGUGACGACGAGAUCAUGCUGACCAUCAAGCCCGGCGAGCACGGCUCCACGUACGGGGGCAACCCUCUGGGCAGCCGCGUGGCCAUCGCCGCCCUUGAGGUUCUGGAGGAGGAGAACCUGGCGGAGAACGCGGACCGCAUGGGCGCCCUCCUGCGGAACGAGCUUAUGAAGCUGCCCUCGGACAUCGUGACGGCCGUGCGCGGGAAGGGGCUGCUGAACGCCAUCGUCAUCCGGGAGACCAAAGAUUACGACGCUUGGAAGGUGUGUCUGCGCCUCCGCGAUAAUGGACUUCUGGCCAAGCCCACCCACGGCGACAUCAUCAGGUUCGCGCCCCCGCUGGUGAUCAAGGAGGACGAGGUCCAGGAGGCCGUGGAGAUCAUCAACAAGACCAUCCUGUCCUUCUGA